CAUCACGAUGUCGUUCCAGGUCAAGAAAAUCUCCACAAAGCCCUACGAUGGCCAGAAGCCGGGCACGUCUGGUCUCAGAAAACGUGUGAAGGUGUUUCAGCAGGAGCACUAUACAGAGAACUUCAUCCAGGCCAUAUUCGACUCUAUCGACGCCAAGGACCAGACUUUGGUCAUUGGUGGUGACGGUCGUUUCUUCUCCCCUGAGACCGUCCAGACCAUCCUCCGGAUCGGCUCUGCCAACGGCGUCGCCAAGUUCAUCAUUGGCCAGAACGCAAUUCUCUCGACCCCCGCCGCGUCAAACAUCAUUCGCAAGUUCAAGGCAUAUGGCGGUAUACUCUUGACUGCUAGCCACAACCCUGGUGGUCCCGACAACGACUUCGGUAUCAAGUACAACGUCUCGAAUGGCGGUCCCGCUCCAGAGAACGUCACUGACAAGAUCUUCGAGAAGACUAAGACUAUCUCCUCGUACAAGGUCAUCGAUCUGCCUCCACUCGACCUCGCCAAGCUCGGCAACUUCGAGUUCGGCCCCAGCAAGGUCGAGAUCAUCGACUCAGUCAAGGACUACGUCGAGCUCCUGGAAGCGAUCUUCGACUUCAAGCUCAUUAAGUCCUUCCUGCAGGCGAACCAAGCCAAGUUCAAGGUGCUCUUCGACGGCAUGCAUGGCGUGACGGGCCCGUACGGGCGCGCGAUCUUUGUCGACAAACUCGGCCUGCCUGCGUCGUCGGUGCAGAACGCAACGCCGCUGCCCGACUUUGGCGGCGGACACCCAGAUCCGAACCUGACGUACGCGCACGAGCUCGUCGAGCGCGUUGAGGCGGAUGAUAUCGCAUUCGGCGCUGCGUCCGACGGCGACGGCGACCGGAACAUGAUCUACGGCAAGGGCGCGUUCGUCACCCCGAGCGACAGCGUCGCAAUCAUCGCCGACUGGGCCGAGGAGGCGAUCCCCUACUUCAAGAACGGUGUCAAGGGUGUUGCGCGUUCCAUGCCCACCAGCAAACAGAUCGAGUACGUCGCAAAGAAGAAGGGCCUGAGCUGCUAUGAGGUGCCGACUGGCUGGAAGUUCUUCGGUAACCUCAUGGAUGCUGGCAAGCUUUCGAUCUGUGGUGAAGAGUCGUUCGGUACCGGCUCUGACCACAUUCGCGAGAAGGAUGGCGUCUGGGCCAUCGUUGCCUGGUUGAACAUCCUCGCAUUCGCGAACAGGGACUCGCCCAGCCAGCUUGUCGGCAUCAAGGAGCUCCUCCAGAAGCACUACGAGGUCUACGGCCGCUCCUUCUUCUCGCGUUACGACUAUGAGGAGGUCUCUUCCGAGGGCGCGCAGAAGCUCGUUGACAACAUCAACGCGCACAUCACCCAGGGCUCGCUCAAGAGCACACAGCACGCGUCGAAAAGCACAGGCCAGUCCUUCGCCGUCGCCGAGACGCUCAACUUCGACUACACGGACCCCGUUGACGGGAGCGUGUCGAGGAACCAGGGCCAAAUAAUCCGCUUCGAGGAUGGCUCCCGCGUCGUCUUCCGCCUCUCGGGCACCGGCUCGCAGGGCGCGACCGUGCGCAUGUACGUUGAGCGCUACGUCGCGCCCAGCGCGGGCGCAGUGGAGCUCGGCCGUGAUACCGCGGAGGGCCUCAAGGGCCUCAUCGAGGUUGCGCUCGAGAUUAGCAAGCUCAAGGAGUUCCUCGGCCGCGAGAAGCCCACUGUUAUCACAUAAGCAAAUGGCUGAAAUCAAGGAAGAACCAAAGGAUGUAUCAUAGUUAAACGAGGAGACAUACAAACUAGAAAUUCUUAUAGUCGGUAAUUAUAUGAAAUACAAGAGACAGCUUCGUUUCCCUCCGCGAUAGAUGUGAUCCUGACAGCGGUUUUCGUGCAGGCUAUUUUCGUGAAGGCUGUCUUUGUGGCUGGUGCUCACUUUGGCCGCGAUUGCAGAUUUCUCGUUCUUAGCGCAGAAACGUCCCAGAAAAUAUGUAUUUAUAUAAGGCUUUAGCGCUUAGCUAUCAAGUCC